CAAAUAACAAUCAACAAACCUUAUUCAAAUUUACUCACAAUUUCAUAAUUCACACACACACACUGAACAGUCGGUCAUGCCAAUGAGCCUAAACUCGAUCUGCACCGGAUCUUCUUCCUCGGAUCGCGGUUCUACCAAAUCAUCGUUGAUUCUGCAUGGGGUCGCAGCCGCCGCCGCUCUAGUCGUCGGCGCUCACGCUUACUACUUUUACCGCCGAUCUGCCACCGUGUUCCGAAGUCGAGUAGUGGGUAUAAUUCCUGCCCGGUUUGCUUCUUCCCGAUUUCAGGGUAAACCCCUCGUUGAGAUCCUCGGCAAACCCAUGAUCCAGAGGACUUGGGAGAGAGCAAAGUUGGCUACAACAUUGGAUCGUGUCGUUGUGGCAACGGAUGAUGAAAAGAUUGCAGAAUGCUGUCGAGGGUUUGGUGCUGAUGUAAUAAUGACUGCAGAAUCGUGCAGAAAUGGUGCUGAGAGGUGUAGUGAAGCACUUCAAAAGCUCGAGAAAAAGUAUGAUAUUGUUGUCAAUAUUCAAGGAGACGAACCUCUAAUCGAACCUGAAAUAAUUGACGGCAUUGUCAAAGCUCUUCAGACCACCCCAGAUGCAGUUUUCAGCACAGCAGUCACUGCGUUGAAACCAGAAGAUGCUUUCGAUCCAAAUCGUGUCAAAUGUGUGGUUGAUAACCGUGGCUAUGCGAUCUACUUUUCUCGAGGGCUGAUCCCUUUUAACAAGUCAGGAAAAGUCAAUCCUUCAUUCCCAUAUAAUCUUCAUCUAGGUAUUCAGAGCUAUGAUUCGGAAUUUCUGAAGAUUUAUCCUGAUCUGACUCCAACUCCAUUGCAACUGGAAGAAGAUUUGGAACAGUUGAAAGUACUUGAAAACGGUUACAAGAUGAAGGUAAUAAAAGUCAAUCAUGAUGCUCAUGGUGUCGAUACGCCUGAAGAUGUUGCCAAGAUUGAAAGUUAUAUGCGCGAAAAGAACUUGUCUUAGCUUCAUGUCGGGUUGUCUAGUUGCAGUGAGGUUUUGCCACCAAGAUAGUGAAGAUUUCGUCAUACCAGUGUUUGUUUUUCUUUGUUUAUUUUCUUCUAUGAGUGUAAUUUGUAGCGUAAAGCUUGAAUUUCCAACCGUAAUGAUGUACCUUCCUAAUGCUUUUGUUGUAUACUUUGUGAACAUUAUAUUUUGUAGAAAGUUUUCUAGACAGAAUAUGGGAUUAAAGGAUUGUGUA